AUUAACGGAUAUCAGGAGUAGUGUGGCCUGGGUUGAGAAUAAGGAUAAUUUGCCUGAGUUAUAGUACUGGCUGGAUCAUUACAGUCUGCCCACAUGGCAUCUCUCUGUGAGGACAAAGGGAACUUACCCAAGGAACAUUAAAGCUACUGCUGUUGGAAGGAAGUCAUAUGGUAAGGGAACUAGAAAAGGCCAAGAGCAAGUAGAAAUACAGUCCCUAAGUCUGUAACCCAAGAGCUGGACAGCAGCCAUCCCUAAGGGAGCCAGCCCAGAUCUGGGGCUGAUACUUGAGUCUCUGAGGCUCAACAUGCUAGGCAGAGCUGCUGCUGUAGGACGGAAGCCCUGCAGUGCCAACUGAUUCACAAUGGCUGUUUCAGUGGCAGCCUCUUUGAGACAUCCUGCCUCUAUACUGUCAUCAUGGAAAAACCAAGGAGCCUCGAAAGAGGGUAAGGUAAAGUUUCAGAUUUGGGCUCAGCAGAAGAGGAAAUUGAGGCUGGGGCAAGUGCCAGAACCCUCGUGUGUCAGAUUGGGGAUUGUGCUGCUGUUGGUGAUUUUCCUGCCAAGCAUGUACUGUGACCUGGGAUCUGUAUAUUACACGUCCUACAAAAUAGUCAUCCCCAGGCGGCUGACUGUUCAGGAAAGGAACACCCCAGUGAAAGACACAUCCUAUAUGCUCUUAAUGCAGGGCCAGAAAUGGAUGAUUCACCUGAAGGCGAAGAGAGACUGUUUUGUGAAGGACUUUCCAGUCUUCAGCUACCACGGUGGCAUCCUGGGGCAAGAAAUGCCUUUCAUCUCACAUGACUGUUACUAUGAAGGCUACAUAGAAGGAGUCCCGGGUUCUUUUGUUUCUCUCAACACCUGUUCAGGCCUCAGGGGCAUCCUGAUUAAGGAGGGGAAACCCUAUGGCAUUAAGCCCAAGGACACUUCGAAACGCUCUGAACAUGUGUUGUACACGAUGGCACACCAAGCUCGAGUCUCCUGUGGGGUCACUUCCAACGGCAGCCAAGUGGCGCCUGCCAGCCGGCAGCAGGGGAGCAGGAAGCCUCACAGUCCACAGGCACCGUCCUCCUUUUGGUCACACACCAAGUACGUGGAGAUGUUUGUCGUGGUCAACAACCAGCGGUUCCAAAUGUGGGGCAGUGACGUCAGUGAGACAGUCCAGAGGGUCAUGGACAUCACCGCUCUGGCCAACAGCUUCACCAGGGGGAUAAACACAGAGGUGGUGCUGGUGGGAAUGGAGAUUUGGACCGAGGGGGACCUCAUAGAAGUCCCGGCGGACUUGCAAGUUACACUCGGGAAUUUCAACAGCUGGAGACAGGAGAAGCUCUCCCGUCGCGUGAAGCACGAUGUUGCCCACAUGAUCGUCGGACAUCGUCCUGAAGGAGACGUGGGACAGGCAUUUCUCAGUGGUGCCUGUUCAAGUGGCUUUGCGGCAGCCGUUGAGUCCUUCCAUCAUGAAGACGUCCUCCUGUUUGCAGCGCUCAUGGCCCAUGAGCUUGGGCACAACUUGGGUAUUCGGCACGACCACUCGGCCUGCGCUUGUAGAGAUAAACGCUUGUGCCUCAUGCGUGAAAAUAUCACCAAAGAAGGUGGCUUCAGCAACUGCAGCUCUGAUUACUUCUACCAGUUCCUCCGGGAACACAAAGGAGGCUGCCUAUUUAACAAGCCUCGGCCCCAACAUCGCCUGCGUAGGAAUGCAGAGUGUGGAAAUGGUGUGUUGGAGGACAAUGAGGAGUGUGACUGCGGACCUGACUGUGGUGAUCACCGGUGCUGUGACCAAACAUGUAGGCUGAAGGAGCAUGCACAGUGUAGUGAUGGACUAUGCUGUUCUGAUUGCCAGUUGAGACAUAAGGGAUUCAUGUGUCGUCCUGCUCUUGGAGAGUGUGACCUCCCUGAAUAUUGUGGUGGUACCUCCGGAGAAUGCCCCAUAGACCGCUAUAAGCAAGAUGGCACAUUGUGUGACAGAAUUCACUAUUGUUUUGGCGGCCGGUGUAAGAACCCUGAUCAUCAAUGUGUGGAUAUAUAUGGGUCCCCUGCAAGGUCUGCCCCAGAACACUGUUAUAUCUCCAUGAACACCAAAGGAGACCGGUUUGGGAACUGUGGCUUGUGGGCCUCGUCUAGGACAAAGUAUGUUAGUUGCUCUGAUGAUCAUAUAUUUUGUGGGAAACUUAUAUGUACAAAUAUUAGACGGAUACCAGCAAUCAAACCCCACCAUACUCUGAUCCAGGUACCUCACAAAGAUGACUGGUGCUGGAGCAUGGAUGCCUAUAACAUGACUGACAUCCCCGAUGAUGGAGAGGUGCACAACGGCACUCUUUGUGCCCCACACAAAGUCUGCAUGAAUUACUCCUGCAUUGAUCAUGCCGUGCUCCAUUACGACUGUGAACCUAAUGAAAUGUGUAAUGGGAGAGGAGUCUGCAACAAUUUAAGGCACUGUCAUUGUGAGGCUGGCUAUGCACCCCCUGACUGCAAAGCUGCAGGAAAUGGGGGUAGCGUGGACAGUGGUCCCCCCGGACAAUCCACUGAUGAAAAUCUAAGUGCAGGAGGAAGUGGCAGUCCUACUAAACGUAAGACUCAAAUGAGGGCUCUUGGCAGCAUAAUUUUCAUACUCCCCGGAUUUCUUCUAGUAUUACUGUUCAUUUUAAUACUUUUCAUUACCCUUAGGGCUAGAACUGAGUCACUAGAGACGACAGGAGGCUCCUCAGAGGAGAUCUCAGAGAUCACAGAGACUACUGUGGACCAAGAGAUAACACAGCCCUUACAAAAGCAACCCACAAAUACUGAAGAGAAGGGUCCAGAGGAGGCUCCACGGGAAGACCCCCCACUAGAGAAGGCUUCCCCACCAGAGGAGACCCCCCAACCACAGGAAGUCCCACCGCCAGAGGCCCCACAUCCGGAGCUUCCACCACCAGAAGCCCCAGGAGAGCCUGCACCAUAAGAGGUAGCAGGUGAAGGACAGGAAUAACCAAAGGCAGAAUAGUGGAGGAAGAAGUCAAAUACAUCAAAUACCUCAAGCACUGAGUGGGAAUGAGAGGCUCAUAGAGACAAAGAUGAAGUGAGAAUUGAGAGCUCCAGUGGCUCUAACUGGACUACAGGGUCUAGAGAAACAGUAACCUGGGAGGAGGGAACCCAGAUUUCAAUACUGCUUGUAGUACUUUGGUUACACGUUGAUAUAAGAACUCAUAUACAAAAUAUCCUGCAGUUUUGCUUCUUCUCAUUUCACGAAACAAUUUUACUUAAGCUCUUCUCAUGGAUCAUUGGUAUCAAUGUCAUGUAUUGUGUUUGGGUCAAUAUCUGAACUAAAGUUAUUUUUCAGGGCAAUACCAUCUUCCAUCUACAUUGUUUGACACAGUGUAUUAUCAGUACCUAUGUCAUGACUGUCCCUGGAUUAUUCACCCAGUCACAUCAAUGCAUUAUUUAGGAACAUUAUCUUUUGAGUACUCUUAUUGCCAUGAAGUUUCUAUUCAUGAAAUAGAGGUAAUUUAAAAUAAAUAAAUGGCAAUU